AUGGUGAACAAAUCGACUUGUUACAUCUGUGGAAAGAAGGUCGAUAGAGACCGUACAACACCUGUCUCCAGAAGCAUCAAGAACAACGCAAUCUUCUUCGCAGCAAUGAAGAUUUACUCAUCGGUGACAUCUGAUUAUCUCCAGAUGUACUUUGAAAACUGCAAGAAGAGCAAAAAAACCAUCUGCGUUGCUCAUUACCUAAGAAGCACACGAAGCCUUCUCGAUGAUAUCAUCAUGGCUGGCGGAAAGUUAUCGAAAACGAAGGAAGACGUGGCCUACAUCAAUGAGGGUGAUAUUCCCAGCCAACUCUUAUUUGAGUUGAAUACGACCAUAACAAGCUUUGCAGUGGAUAUCACGGUCAACGCGAGGGAUGUUUGUCAUUACUUAAACGACUACUUGAAAAGAUAUAGCCGGGGAGAUGAAUGGAGUAUUCGUCCAGCACAAGCAGAUGUGGUCUCCCACGCUCAAGCAGAGAUGAAGAAUCCACCAAGGCAUGAGAAUGACAGACAAGAAAGGAGCAUCGAAGUGGAGGAUGUCACCAUGUCAUCACCGCCUGUGAUACGCGUUGAUUCAGAUUUGAUGAGGACACCAACGCCUUCUGUUCAACAUACUGACUCGGGAACUUCGAAAGCGACGAUUCCAUCCUCAAAUUCAGAAAUGGGUGACGUCGCUGCUGCAUUUGCUCAACAUGAAAUCACUCCAAAAAUCAUCGACAACCCCCCACAGCAAAAGCUUCACCUGGUCUGGGAUGGCAUCCAAGUGGAACCGGGAAUGACAAUGUCAACAAGAAACCUAAAAAAUGCCCCCCGCUUCACCCUGCCCGGCGCUGACCCGGAGAGCACGUUCAGUUUGCUGAUGAUUGAUCCCGAUAACUUAUCAAGAAAAAACCCAUCCGUAGCAGAAUGGCUGCAUUGGCUAGUAGUCAAUAUCCCUGCUAGCAACGUUAUCGAAGGCAUUAAUGGGGGUCAGCAUCAAAUGCCGUACGGAUCACCGGCACCUCAACCAAGAACUGAUCUUCAUCGAUAUGUUAUUCUUAUGUGGGAACAUCAAGGAAGGCGCAUCAAUGUCCCAAAACCUUCAUCCCGAGCCAAGUUCAAUACAAAACAAUUCAUAGAGAAAAACAAGCUGGGUGACCCCAUCGCCGGCAACUUUUUCCUGGCUCAACAUGAAGGAUAAUUUCGCCGGCAUCAAUGAAAGUGUCCAUAGUCGAGUAGCUAAUUUAUGAGUGCUGCAAUUGCCCAAAGAUCUUGUGUGCCAUUAAAUCUGUUGCUGUAAAUGAGACUGCCUUAUCUCUUGAAUAAACUAUGAGAUUUA